AUACAUUAAAAAGUCACCCCAUCUAUGAAUGAAUCACAUUAACUAUUAUCACCAAUAUAAUAAUUUAGAUAAAGUCCCGAAAGAUGUCGUUAAAUUAAUCGUUACAAAACCAGUAAGUAAGUACAAAACAAGAAAACAAUAAACCUUUAGCUAGGUCCGGUAGUAAAAGUGCUCAAAGUGAGUUUAAUUAUAAUAAAACACGUGUUCACGCUUGAAUUUACGACCGUUACGUUUUCGAGUCAUUGGUAUUUGCGGAGUUCAUCACACAUGGAUGGAAUCAGAUAACCAAGAAGUCUUCGUGCACUGUUGUCUACUAGGUCAUCAUCAUCACACAACAAUAUCAUCAUCAUCACCAUCAACAACGCAAUCCAUAAAACACACACAGCAUCAAUGGCCGUUACCGUGUACCCAAACAUGGAAUUAAAGUGUUACACAGGAAGUGAAGGUGAGGCACGCGCGAUCGGAUUGAAUCAAAGGACGAACUACACCGAUCGUUGAUCGAAAAGUUAACAAGAGUGGCCAAGUACUGCCAUGAACGAUGGCCGAAAUGGUAUUCUCGAGCAAGAUCUUCACAGCUCUAUUAAAUUAAAUGGUAGUCAUUCGGGAUCGUCCGGUAGAAGCACUCCUAAUAACAGCUCAGAUCCCGCUCCAGGAAAAUUAUUCGUCGGCGGUCUUAGCUGGCAAACAUCGAGCGAAAAACUCAGGGAAUAUUUCGGGAUGUUUGGAAAUGUUACUGAUGUGCUCAUCAUGAAAGAUCCAAUCACGCAGAGAAGUCGAGGAUUUGGAUUUAUAACCUUCUCAGAUCCAUCGAGCGUUGAUAACGUAUUAAAAGUUCCGAUUCAUACCCUAGAUGGGAAAAAAAUCGAUCCAAAACAUGCGACGCCUAAAAAUCGCCCAAAACAACCGAGUAAAACCAAAAAAAUCUUCGUCGGCGGAGUCAGCCAAGAUACAUCGGCCGAAGAGGUUAAAGCUUAUUUUAAUCAAUUUGGUAAAGUUGAAGAGACGGUGAUGUUGAUGGAUCAACAAACGAAACGUCACCGCGGUUUCGGUUUCGUAACCUUUGAAAGUGAAGAGGUGGUCGAUCGCGUCUGCGACAUCCAUUAUCAUACGUUAAAAAAUAAGCGAGUUGAGUGUAAGAAAGCUCAACCGAAAGAGGCUGUUCAAGCGAAUGCUCAAUUAUUGGGUAAACGGUUAAUGUUGAGUGGUUUGGGGAUGAGAAUGGCCGCUCCAACAGCGGGGGCGAUUGCGGCUGCUGCUGCUGCAAAUCCAUUGGCUGUCGUUCAAGCUCAAGCUCACGUUCAAGCGGCGGCAGCGGCUGCAGCAGCGGCUCAAGCUCAAACAGCAGCGGUAACAGGAUAUGGAAAAUUGUUAUAUCCACCAUUAGCCGGUUAUCGUUACGCCCCAUACCCAAUCCCAACAGUAAGUGCCGGAGUCGGUGCAGCUGCGGGCGGAAAUCCAGCUCAAGGACCAGCAACAGCAGCUGCAGCCCCAGCUUUGGCACCUCAGGUUACAGCCAGUCCGUAUCAAGGUUACAAUUUAACUAAUGUUGAUAUGUCAAGCUUCCAAGGAGUAGAUUGGGGAUCAAUGUACGGAAUGGGAAUGUAUGUUUGAAUAAUGUAAGGUAGCGAUUUGCUCAUAAUUAAUCGCUUUUUUUUCUAUUUCUUAAUUUUAUUAUUAUUAUUACUUUUUUUUGUUAAGAAAAAUACUCUUCCCGUUUUAAUUUGAAGAUAAAGACGUUAGUUGUAAUAAUAAUAACGGUUAUUAUAACGAUAAUAAUAAUUAUAAUAACGACAAACAAUAAUUAUAUAUGUAUUAACAAAAAACUAUUCUCAUAUGGACUUCCAAGUACAUAUUACAUAUACAUAUUUCUGCAAAAAAUAAAAAAACAUGGAGUCAAUGGCAAAAAGAAAAUGGUGUUGUGCCUGUUUCAACUUAAAUAAGGCUUAUUGUACAUAGAAUCUCAUUAAUGUUGUUAUUUACUAAAAGAAGAACUGUUGCUUGGAAAAAAAGAUUGAUGGAAAGGAAAUAACUGGAUCAGUUUUACCAGAAACGUUUGUUAUUUCGCCUUAGACUAUUUUAAGCAUUAAGUAAAAAACUUAUUUAUAUUAAAAAUUAAGCUAAACAAUAAUAAUAAUGUAUACAGACGCGAAACAAAGCAUCAAAUUGCUUUUAACUUAACCGAUUUCAUAAAAUAAUAAUUUUUAGCAUUUAGUAGCAAUAACACGCAAUAAGGAGGACAAUUUUUCGAUAGAAAACGGUAUGAAAAACACGAUCAGUAUUAAUUAAUAGACGAAAACUAAUCGAAAUUAACUUUAAAAAAAAUUAAAACUACAUAAAUCGUAUUAGCGUGUACUUAAACUAAUAUUUAAAGAGAAAAAGAAUAAUAACUAAACCCCAAUCUCAAGAUCUCACUUUGCGUAGAACUGCGUUCAUUUAAAUCGAUUUAAAAAAAAAAAACUUCCUUAAAACUAUUUUGUCGACGCUUGCCAAAAGAAUAAUAGAUAAGAAGGGAAAAUCCCAGUUAAUCUUCCAAAAAAAAUCUUAUUUUGUAUUACUUAAAGGGUUUGUUUAUUAUUAAUAAGUAAUUAACAAUUUAUUCAGGAAAAUGUUGAAAUAAAACGAAAGUUUGAAGGGUUAAAAAAAAAUAAGGUUGGUAUUUUAUUACCUAACUUCAAGUGAAUGAAAUUGGUACAGUGAAGACGUCAAAUAUUGUAAUCUAUACUUCGUAAAAUAAAAAGUAGUCACCCUUGGUUCUUAAACGACAAAACAUAUUUUUAUUACUUUAUUUAACAAAAAUAGAAGUAUGUAAUGCAUACUAUUCAAACUAAAAUACUCAUCUGGGUCAUUAUCGGAUUUAUCGUCUUUAUUUACCUCAUCCGCUCGUUAUAGGCGAUACAAAACAUGCAAAAUUAAUUAGUUCGUUAUAACCGAGAUUUUUAAAAUUGUGAAGAUAGGACUUAAAAGCAUGCUCGUCUUCACUGUAUUGUUAUUAUUCUAGGAUAUUGAAAAUUUUUUUGGAUCAGAACAAACCCUAAUAAGAUUUUUUUGUAACUCCUAAUUUUCUUUACAACUCCUCAUCUAGUCAAUCAAAAAAAAAAAAAGAAAUCGUUUUUUCCCUAAAAAAGAAAAAGCAUCCCUUCAAAGAUGACUUUUCUUUCUCUCCUACAUUCCUUAAUGUUUUUUUUAAUCGAACAAAACGGUUUUAAUCGUACCAUUCUUUAAAUUUUAAUUUAAAUUUACAAGAAACUAAUUAGAUAUGUGAUUUACGGACCAAUGUGUCGCUUACGACGGCUGACUGCCGAAUAAAAAAAAAAAUAAGCUGUUAAAACCCCUUUUUUAUCUAAGUAAAAAGAUCUCGAUUGAUUUCCGUUCCUUUUUAAACCUACUGAAAUGUAUUAAUUCAAGUUUAUGAUAUAAAAAAUCGGUU